GUCAUCUGUCGUUAACAAAAGACAAAAUGUCAGCAUUUGGACAAAGAGUGGGCGGAGCCACUAAGCUUCGAUCCGCCCAGCAAAACUCGCCCGCAUGCUUUUCUUUUACGUCCUCAGAGCACACAUAAACACACAGGACCUGCCGCUGUGACUCUCAUUCGUCUUUAUUUGUGCAACGAAGAAAGCAUAGCCAUGAGUGGAAGGGGCAAAGGCGGCAAAGGACUCGGAAAAGGAGGCGCUAAGCGUCACCGUAAAGUUCUCCGUGAUAACAUCCAGGGAAUCACCAAACCCGCCAUCCGCCGCCUGGCUCGCCGUGGCGGAGUGAAGCGUAUCUCUGGUCUGAUCUACGAGGAGACCCGCGGUGUGCUGAAGGUGUUUCUGGAGAACGUGAUCCGUGACGCCGUCACCUACACCGAGCACGCCAAGCGGAAGACCGUGACCGCCAUGGACGUGGUGUACGCUCUGAAGAGACAGGGCCGCACUCUGUACGGCUUCGGCGGUUAAACGCAUUCAUACCAACUGAAGUAACUAAACGGCUCUUUUAAGAGCCACACACCUCACUGUAAGAGCUCUGUUCUCAAGUAUAUCAAUAUAAACAAUUCUGAACGUGUUUUAUUGCUCACUUUACCAUUGUUUAUGUCAAAAGCUGUAACAGACUCAGGCAUUUACAAUGCGUGUGGGGUUCCUUAUGUUUUGGUGGGUUGUGGGUUGUGGGUUGUUGUGUGGUGUGUGUGGUUUUUUUUUGGGGGGGGUUAAAUUUUUCCCCUCCCCAAGUCUCUCAACUUUAACAUAAUCUGAGAACUAUAUUGAAUUUGGAGGUUGCAAACCCAUUCAAGCCUCAACAUAGAGUAUAAGGAACUUCAGACUUCACUACUGAUUUGUAAAUAUGUUCCUACCUGAAACUCUGGAGGACCACAAGAUCCACAUGCAUUAAAAUAAAGAAUUAAAUGAUUAAUUGUACAAUAAAAUAAUUAUAAAUUUG